CCAGCCCCCACCCCCACAAAAGCGGGCGGGCGGAGUGGCCUUGCCAGCGGAUGCCCAGGGGGGUAGGAGGAGAUGGCUCACGCACUGCAGCGGCCCGCCAAUGGUGCGCGAACCCUUGAGGGGGUGGAGUCCGAAGCUACUGGAUCCGCACUCCUUCCAGCUUGGCGGUCACAGUGUGUUCCAAGCUACCUGUUGUUGUUGUUACUCAGGCGGGGGACUAGUUGCAUUCCGCCGCCGCUGUGGGAACGAGCACGUGACGGCAAGAUUAGGAUUUCGCGCAACUGCAUGGAUGAAAGGUGGAGGCCGGUGUUAAACUCAUCGCGGGCCUAGACAGACCAAAAAGAAAGAUGUUGAGGCCAUCAUGGCUGAGAGUCUGAGCCUAGACUCAGACCCCGGACACAUUAUGACAACCAGUACCGAAGACGACGACGGUAGCAAAUCAGCACCGUCUCCAGCAAUUGCAAGCCCCAAUCAGGUGCCAUCGACGGAAUCGUCUAAUGAGAAUAGUCGGAAACGCAAACGUCUUAGUGCCGUUUUGGACAAACUCACCACACAAGUAGAAAGAAGAAGCGUUGACUCGACGUCCUCUGAAGAAGGUGGCCAUACCAGCAGCAGUCCCAGUGAGGGCAGCGUCUUCUUGCCCAAUCAGGAACGAAUCUUUGCAUCGCAGGAAUCUGUAGCGCCUCGACCCAAGAUGAGAGCUCCUCCACAGAAGCAAUUGUCCAUUGAUUCGGAGAUGAGCCAUUGUGUACAGGUGAAGCUAGAUUUACUAGACGCGGCGGAGGAUAGAAGGGGAGUUUCGAAUCGACCCCCACCCCAGCCGGAGCCCUCCCCUUUGCUCUCACCCCCGGAGGAAGGUGGGGGAACAACGACCUUCGGGGAUUGUUCUCCUAUGAAGAAAGUUCCGUUCCGGGCGCACACAAAGCGAGACAGCGGCAGGUCUCCCACAGGUAUCUUUGCCCCUUCGGUAGGGGGGCCGGGUGCUGAGACGCCCCCCAAGGAGGAGGACGUAGAUGAAGAAGACGACGCCUUCAGUUCGCCUCCAGGCAACAGGCUGUCAGGACGUCCCGCACCUCUGCAGAUCUUGCCGUACCCCGAAGGACUGUACCGUACGCCGCAGCAGCAUCCUUUCCUGCUCCAGCAUCACCCUGUUGAGACCCCCGUUGUCAUGGGCAACGGGGCUUCUGCGGGAAACACCGCUCUCUCUCAAUUGAGCACAGCUUUUCCUAGUUUUCCUAUUUGCGACUGCCAUCACUGCCGGACAUUAGCUGGGCGAGCACCAUCGUUCGGCUGGGAAGAUAUUGCCGCUCACCACCAUCGGGCGCUUCUUCAGAAAGUAAUGUCCUCCGGUGGACCUUUAACUCCCGUGUCGCCAGUCACUCCAACUUUCGACGCCUUCUUGCAGACCAAGUUUUUACCAGAAUUUUUCUACCGAAGAAGGAGUCACUCAGAUUCGGAUUUACAACAAUGGUUAGCGGAAUCUGGCGUCACUGGUGGCGAUGUGUCCAAUCAUCCGCAUCAGGGCUUGCAUCCCGCGAUGCCUCCUCCACCGCCUAGAGAUUCUCCAACAGAGAGUUAUAGUCUCACUGCCCGCCACAGCAAACCUAAGCCUCUUCACAUACCGCAAAAAGGUGGUAGCUUGGAAUCUGACCAAGGUUCUACUACUCCUCAAGAUUCGCCCUUGGACCUUUCUGUGAAAUCAAACACUCCAGCCAGCUCAGAUUCUACUUCGUCAAACACCUGUUUCCCUCUCUCGCCUCUAACUCGUGACUGUUCUCUCGAGUCUCAAGGCAGUCCGAGGGGAUCAUCUGGUGGCAGUCCCUUUGAUAUACGAGCGGCAUCCACCAUGUUACCCCCAACGAAAGUGGAACAAAGUGCCCCUGCUCCACGAAAUGUGAGUCCUGUAGUUGAAGUUGUGGCACCAGGAUCUGAUGUGGUUUACGUCUGUCCUAUCUGUGGCCAGAUGUUCUCCUUGCACGAUAGACUCGCCAAACAUAUGGCAAGUCGCCACCGCAGCCGCCAGCAAGCGGAUACAACUACAUCGGCUUCUUCUAAGAGUUAUAUGUGUGAUGUGUGCAAACGGUCUUUUGCGCGUUCGGACAUGCUCACGCGCCAUAUGCGACUUCAUACGGGCAUUAAGCCUUACACGUGUCGCGUCUGUGGACAAGUGUUUAGUCGCUCAGAUCAUCUGAGCACGCACCAGCGGACACACACCGGCGAGAAGCCGUACAAGUGCCCUCAAUGUCCGUACGCGGCAUGUCGCAGGGACAUGAUCACGCGACACAUGCGGACACAUGCGCGCUAUGAGCUGCCGGACAGCAGUUGUUCGGGAUUCGAAGAGGGGAUAGGGACGACAUCUUCGUCGUCUUCGCCCCCACACUUCAAAAACAGUCCUCCACCCCUUCUCCCUGUGGACGAGGCGGGGGUGGCGCCGUCGGCAUCGCCAGUUCACAAACUGAGUGCCUUGCGCGUGCGCAGUCCGGCUGGAGCCAGCUUAGGACAGAUGUCCGGCAAAGACUGAGGAGAUGGAUCCGCUUAUUGAUAUCAAGAUGCAUAACUCUGACCGUGACUGGCCGAGUGAAGAACAACUCUAUUUUUGAACAAAUAAGAAAACGAGAGCCAGAUUGAAGAAGACGUACUAUUUUUCGUAAGACAGCUGAACGCGACGACUGAACAAAAAUGUCGUGCAACGUGAUAUAUAAAUAUAUAUAUUAAAUAUUAAAAAUAUUUAUUUCUAAAAUGGUGAUAAGGAAUGGCAGACGUGAAAUGUUGAGAGUUCAAAUGGUCAUCUGUUUGAAGUUAAGCAUAUGGUAGAAACAGUUAGCAGCAUUGCUUAAUCAUAUUUAAAUAUAAAAAUAUAUAUUAAAAUGGUAUUUCAUUUCAUAUGGAGAGAAACGAAAGGAAAUUUUCUUUAAAAAAGUUUGUCUUAUUCUGACUUUACAGGUACAGCAUCAUAUAAUAUUUUCAGACACACAGAUUGAUCGAAAAGGAUUAGAAAUUAACAAAUAGACAAAUAAAAUACGUCAUUGAAAACAUUUUCCUAACUUAAGCAAACUUUUGAAAAUUCAGUUAUCAAACUUGUAUUUAAAUUAUGUACAUUUUAAAUUAAACCGAUAAUUAAUCGAAUUCGCUAUAAUUUUUAAAAUCCCAAGGAAAGAACUUACAUUUAAAUUGUUUACAGCUCUAAGACAUUUAAUAAAAAUCUUAAUCGUUUUAAACUUAAUCAUGUUUUAGUGUUUAAUAAUAGUUUAAUAACAGGUAUUAAACAAAACUAUAUUGCUUAUACCCAUAAAAUUGCUAGACUUUAAUUUAAUAUAUAUAUUUAUAUAUGUAACUGUAAUUUUUAAGUUAAAAAUUUAAUAGAUUGUAAAAUAUUUAAGGACAGUCAGAAGUUUUAAUUUCUUACUAAUUAAUUUUAAUAUAAAUUAUUUUAAUUUGAGAAUAGUUUUCAUUCCUUAUCAAAUUAAUUUUAACAAGCAUGCAUCCCUUAAUAUUAGUUUACGCCAUUAGCUACAUUUCUAUCUAGCUGUUUUCUUUCAGUUUUUUUAAAACGAUUUGCCAAUUUUUUAAAAAAUAUAUAAGUGUUACUAGCCGUUUGCGCUGCCAGCAUCUUAAAAUAAUGUUUAAGAAAAGAAAAAUUACAUAAUUAUUUUAAAGAGUUCAUCCAGAGUAAUUUCUUAAAAAUAUUUCAUAUUUCUGAUUAUUUAUUUCAGGAUUUAAAUGCAUUUUUGUUUAAAUAGAAAAAAUUAAAAAGUUGCAAAAAUGCUGUCUUAGUUUGUUACUCUAUGACAGACAGAUUUAUGAAAAUUAAAUAUUUUUCGAUUAACUGAAUGGCAGCGCGCUGGUGCAUAGAAAAUAAAAGUACUUUAUUUCAGGCAGUGGGAAACUCACAGCUUUAAAUAACCGAGUUUGUUGAUUAAAAUUGGAAGAUUUUACAUUUUGCUGAAUGGCAAUAGAUUAGGCGUCGGAGAUAAAAAUAUUUUAUUUCGAACAAUGUUGCCACUGUUCGCUUUGUAGAAAGUAUGAAAUAAAUUUAAAAAAAAAAAAAAAAAUUGGUAAUUCAAAGAUGCCAUCGAUUUUCCACAGUGCGCGGAAUAGACAAACAAACAUGCAUACAAACAGAUUUUUCAUUAUUUAAAAGUAGAGAUUUAAAUAUUACGUACUAAAUAUCAAACAUACGCUUAACUCCAACCAGUGAUCCAUUAACAAAUGCCAUUGCAUUGUAGAAACAUUCGUUGUGCAACUUAUAUAGAACGUCUAGUUUUGGAAGAGUUUUUAUAUCGUAAACGAUACUUGUUUUGACGGUUGAUUGCUUGUCUUUUGUCUUCUGUGUCAUCCGUAAACAUCUGUCUACAAGAUGGCUACCGAUGGUUGUGAUGUUUAUUGAAUAGAUAUAUUAUGGUUGUUAUCAGUUCGCAAUUGCAUCUGCUUAAUGCUAGUGUUAUACUGGUAUCAUUGUUGUCAGAAAUCCGAGCACAGAUUUGCUGUUAAAAUAUAUAAACCACUAUUAGAAUGUAUUGAAAAACAGCACAUAAUAUAUAUAGUUAUCCAUAUUGGAAUUAAGCAAAAAUAAUAAAUAAAUAGUCAUCCUGAGAAGUAUUUACAGUCUAAAAUUCAUAUAAAUUGUUCCAAAAUUUGGAAAAGAUUUAAUUUUUAACAACGACAAGAUAAAAUAUUCUUGUAGGAUUUUUAAUGUUAACUGCAUUUUUAUAAUGGAUUUUAUAAAACUGCACUGUGUUAUAUACAAAAUUUUAGAUUUAUUUAUAAAAAUUCUUAAACUUGAACAACAUAAGAAAAUAAUUUGUGAGCAUAAUUUUUUGCGAACAUUUCCUUAAGAAUUAAACAUUUGUGAAUAUUUCUUUAAGAAUUUAUUUAUUAAUGAAAUAAUCCCUCAUUUUCAGCUUUUCGAACUGCAGUUUUAAAUUAUGAUUAUGAAGUUUAAUUUUAAAUCAUUUGUCUGUUUCAUAGAGUAAACUUUUAUUGUUUAAUUUGCAGAUAAUAAAAUUCGAAAUAUCAUAAAUUAGUUUUUAUUAUUAUUUAUUGCUAUUAAUGUUGUGAAAAUCUCCGAAUUUGACAAUCACUGCAACAUGAUAUUAAAAAAUAAUAAUAAAAGAUGUAUUCAUUUAGGUAAUUUUUUAAAGACUUCAGUAUUCACAAAGCAGCCCUAACAGACUUUAAUAUUUCAUCAUACUUAAUGAAGUCCAGAUAUAUUGAAGAAUAAUAUACUCGUUCAAUUAAAUUUAUAGAUUAAAAUUAAUCAUUUCGCUAUCUCUAGUGUUUUAGCAUUAUCUGCAUUAUAUUACUAUUAUCUUUGUUAUAGGUUCGUCAGUUAAAUUAUAUUUUAAUUCACUAAUUUAAUUACAUAAUUAUUAAACGAAUCUUCAUUUAUUCCAUUCAUUAUUAAUCAAAAGCAAAUAACUCGGCAAAACAUUAACAUUUUAUAAAAUAUUAUGCUCACCAGAUAUAAUUUAAAAAAUAUUUUAAGAUGGUAUAUAAUACAAAGACAUCUUUGUGGAAUGUUUGAAAACAUUCUACAGCAUUUUCAGGAUGACUAAUGCUAUAAUUUAUAAAUGUAUGGACAAAUAUGAUGUUUGUACUGAUUGCUUCUGUAAGCACGAGAUAGUUCUAUUUUUGUGCCAAAAAAGAAACUUCUUGUUGCCAAUAUAUGCACUACUUAUUACGACUACUAUUUUUUAAAGAUGGGUUAUAUUUUGACAUUGUUGAAUCAAUAGUUGUUUAAGGUGCCACCGAUAUAUAUACAUAAAUAUCUAUAUACAUAUAUAUACAUACAUAUAUACAUAUACUGUAAAAUAGCUUGUAGCUUUGCACACUAACAUUCACUACCUUUUCCCUGAUGUUUGCUCAAGCAGUGCAAGAAAAAUACAUGACUUAAUUUUUUUUUUUUUUUUUUUUUUUUUUUUUUUUUUUUUUUUUUUUUGCAAAAUUUUCAUUAUUUUUUUUUUCUACUUACUCACCCAUUUUAUGCAUGCUAGACGCAUAUGUUUGAGCAGGUCUUAUGAGCUUUUCCUCCCUUGAAAUUUAAAUAUAUGUUUUUAUUUUAAAAAUAUAUCUAUGGGACCUCAAUUUAUCAAUUCUUAUUUGAAAUAAGUUGCCGCGAGUCACCUAAAAUAGUUAUCAUAAAAGAAUAAAAAGAAAUAUAUAUAUAUAUAUAAAAUGAUUUUAAUGAGUUUACUUAGCAUCAUUCCAUAAAAAUACUUAAUAAUUCUAAUUAGAAAUUUCCUGA